AUGAAUUAUUCAUUUGGUGAUAAUGUAAGUUCUGAAUUCGUUUAUGUUCUUUCUGAUUUUGGGGGUGGUGCGAACGAACUAGAAAACAUCAUGUCAAAGUGUCUGCAAACCAAAUUAGAAAUUAGUAAUCCUUGGAUCCAAGAAUAUGGCUUUAUGGUCAAACAAACAAUUGAAGUUCCCGAUAUCUGCUUUGAUUUGUCAAAUAGCGAAUUGAUACAAGAAAUUACACUGAAAAACGUGAAUGCUAAACACGUUGUUCUUCCUAUAAGAGUCAAAAAGAUCGCAAUAGAAAAUGUCGAAGGAGAAAUAGUGAUGGAGAAAUGCACACCACAUGCUAUUCGAGUUUGUGGGUAUACUGGGAAACAACUUGUUUUAAAUGAUGAAAAAUUGAGUGUUGUGGAAUAUAGAGACGUAUUAAACGGUGUCAAUUUUAUUCACAACAACAUGUUGUAUAGUGACAAAUACGUCAUCGACUUGGAUAAAAUUAAGAGCAUUGAUAUUGAUAGAUUACCAACUGUAAAAUGCGUCGUUUUUAUAAAGAACAAUAAAACACUUUUUGAAGGAAAUCUGUCGGCUGUACAUUUCAGAGAAGACUCUCUUAGUAUCGAAAACCUUGCAAAUGACAUCGACAUUACAGAGUUCGGUGUUAACUCCUUUAGUGUUUUUAAAACUUCAAAUACACCAAAUAUGGUAUUGGGAAAUGUCUGUUUUCUUACUAUUAUGAAAGGAGAGUUUAAUUCAAUUUAUAUCGGUGACUGUCAAACAAUUACUUUAAGACAGACGAAUAUUAAAAAACUUGAUAUUAAUGUAUGUAAUACUUUCACUUACAAAAGCUCUAAAAUCACAACCGUGAAGGGUAAGAAAAUCGAGUCUAUUAAUGGCACAAAAAAGGCGAUUAAAAAUUGGGAAAUUGAGAAUUCAAGUGGAAUUAACAACUUAAAGGAAGUGAAUAAUUAA